GCUGCUGCACUUCAUUACAUCCACACAGGAAAACACACACAUGAGGAUUUAUCUCACAGGUAGCUGCUAUUUUAGAAGAAAUUGUGGACUUUAGAAGCGAGGACAGCCUCUACGUAUCAGUAUGAGAUGUAGACAAGUAAGCAGGAUGAGUUAUUUAAUGUGUAACAUGAGUGUAUUGUUAAAAAAAGUGACUUAAAAAGAGUCAUUAGAUUGUAAGAUUUAACAGCUAGGCAGCAGGUCUGCAGAUCUAGCUAAUUAAUAAAAUAAUCUACAAACAGUCUGAGCUGUCAGACAGAUGUACAGAUGAGUUUGGACUGUAUUUGUAAGUCUGUGCUUCUUCAAAGUGUUUUAAAAGCCAUAUAGAGACAAACUGAAGCUACUGGAGGUGUGCAGAUAUCAGCAGCAACAUGCCUCUGUCAGACAUCCUGGACAGCCUGAAGGACAACCCUUACUUUGGAGCCGGGUUUGGACUUGUAGGGGUCGGGACAGCGUUGGCAGUAGCCAGGAAAGGAGCUCAGGUGGGGAUGAUCUUCUUCCGCAGGAACUGUAUGAUCACCCUGGAGGUCCCCAGUAAGGAUAAGAGCUACCACUGGCUGCUGAGCUGGAUCACUAAGCAUGCCACGCACACCCAGCACCUGAGCGUGGAGACCUCAUAUAAGGCACAUGAGAGCGGCCGGGUCCACACACAGUUUGACUUUCACCCGAGUCCUGGGAACCACAUUAUCUGGUACGGGAGGAAGUGGAUCAGGGUUGAAAGGACCAGAGAGAAACAGAUGAUCGAUCUGCAGACUGGAACCCCGUGGGAGUCUGUCACCUUCACUGCUUUAGGCCGAGACAGACAAAUCUUCUUUAAUAUCUUACAAGAAGCCAGAGAAUUGGCCCUGAAGCAGGAGGAGGGACGGACGGUGAUGUACACAGCCAUGGGCGGUGAGUGGAGGCCCUUUGGGUUUCCACGGCGACGCAGACCCCUCAGCUCUGUGGUCCUGGAGAAGGGUGUCGGUGAGAGGAUCGUAGACGAUGUGAAGGACUUCAUCGGAAAUCCAAAGUGGUACACAGACAGAGGGAUCCCUUACAGAAGAGGAUACCUGCUGUAUGGUCCCCCAGGAUGUGGGAAAAGUAGCUUUAUCACGGCGCUGGCAGGCGAACUGGGCUACAGCAUCUGUCUGAUGAGUCUGAGCGACCGAACGCUUUCAGAUGACCGUCUGAACCACCUGCUGAGCGUGGCGCCGCAGCAAAGCAUCAUAUUGUUGGAGGACGUAGACGCUGCCUUCGUCAGUCGAGAUCUGCUUCCAACAGAGAACCCAAUGGCCUAUCAGGGAAUGGGAAGACUGACCUUUAGUGGUCUGCUGAACUCUCUGGAUGGAGUGGCUUCAUCUGAGGCCAGAAUAGUAUUUAUGACCACCAACUACAUAGACAGGUUGGACCCAGCGCUGAUCCGGCCCGGCCGCGUCGAUCUGAAGAAGUACGUCGGGCAUUGCACUCACUGGCAGCUCACCCAGAUGUUCCAGAGGUUCUACCCGGAUGCGCCCGCGUCUGAAGGAGAGCUGUUUGCAAAGAGUGCGUUAGCCACCCACUCUGAGAUCAGCGCGGCUCAGGUGCAAGGACACUUUCUGCUGCACAAAACGGACCCCGCUGGAUCUAUAGACAAUGUUGCCAAAAUAAAGGAAUAACAGGACUGGAAGGUGUUAAGAGACUGAUGAGUGAAUAAAGAGAAACAUGAGUAUCUAAGGCUGAUGUGCAUUGAUACCAUUAUAGACUGUAGACUGCAGUCUGUGAUUGAUAUGAAAUAAAUGCAUUGUCGUCUAACAUGGAAAGCCCCUCACAGCAAAGCACUGAAACCCCUUCACAC